AUGCAAAAAUAUCAUAAGGUGGUUAAACUAAGAAAAUGGACGCCCUUUUAUCGGUCCUACAAAGAAUACUCUUCAGAUACAUGUACCUUGAAGUCAACUACAUAUCCAAUAGAAUCUUCAGCUAAUGUCCUUCGGCACUUGGAGUUUACCAAACCGAUCACAUUUGAAAAGGGUCUUCGAAUUCAAGAGAAGUUUGUGAGAGCUCAAUUGGAUAUGAAAAAGUUGAAAUCAAAUAUUGAUAAGAAGUUGAUCGAACUUCACGAACAGAAUGUGGGAUCUACUAUUAAUGAGCACGAGCAAUUAAUUUUGAAUAAUAUUCUUGAGAUGAAACCGAAUCCAAUUGUGUUAACCUUCGAAUUUGAACCGACCUACACGGGUGGAAAGCGGAUUAAAAAAACGAUUACUGAAGAAGAAGUAUCAAAGUUCGAAAACUUUGUUCCAAUUGUUCAAAAAGAUAAUCCAAAACCAAAAUUUGUCCAAGUUGAAAGAGGUGGUCAAGUUACAUUUCACGGUCCUGGGCAAAUGGUGGCAUACAUCAUAAUGGAUUUGAAAUCUUUUCAUAACUUCCCCGCCAAAUGUCUCGUAUCAGCAAUUGAAAAUGCGACAAUACGUACCCUCAAUGAUGUACCUGUCGGUGAAGACCAGAUUACUUUGAAUAUGAAUGCCAAGACGACAGAGGAAACUGGUGUUUGGAUUGAUGAUCAUGAAAAAAUUGCAAGCAUAGGUAUUCAUGUUCGGAGAUCGAUUACAUCACAUGGUGUUUGUAUAAAUGUAUCACCGGAUUUAUCUUACCUUAACAACUUCGUGAUGUGCGGUCUCCCUGAAAGUCGAGCUACGUCAAUUUUGGAGCACAAUCCUUCGUCUGCAGUGUCAGUACAUGAUAUUUCUACCACUUUUGUGAGAGAAUUGGCAAUGUCCCUUGGUGUAAAAAAGGUGGAGAGAAUCCAACUUGAUGACCUUGAUCUGGACGACUAA